AGAGAGAGGAAGACGAAGAAGCAUCAGAAUUCAGAAAAAAUGGAAAAUCAAGCAAAUCUCGCCGCCGACGCACAAAGAGAAGAACUGGUCAACACAUUCUGUGAGAUUACUUCUGCUUCUAAACCUGAAGCCCUUUUCUUCCUUGAAAGCCAUAACUUCGAUUUGGAUGCUGCUGUUUCCACUUUCUUCGAGAACAGUACCUUUGCCGCCACCGCUGCUGCUGCCGUUGAUGAAGACGAUGAAGCUCCUGUCCCUGCUUCCGCCGCCACUAACGUCGCCGCGCAAGGCCGUUCUACGUCGCGCUCGCGAUCUUCCUCUCCACCUCGACCUAGAAACCCUCCAACUUCUAGCCGCGGCGCUGCUGGGAGGAGAACUGGUGGAAUUCACUCUUUCUCUGAUCUGAAUCGUCGUCCUGUUACUGGGUCUGGGAGUGACUCCGAUGAGCCUCAAGAGUAUUAUACUGGUGGAGAAAAAAGCGGAAUGCUUGUUCAAGAUCCAUCUAAGGCAAAUGAUGUGAACUCAAUAUUUGAUCAAGCUAGACAACAUGCAACUGUUGAAGGACCUCCUGCAUCGUCUGGCUCUAGAAGCUUUAUUGGAACUGCUAGAAGACUUACGGGUGAGACUGUGUCCACUGCUCCUCAGCCACCUGAGAGUGUUACUCAUACCAUCACUUUCUGGACCAAUGGGUUCACUAUUGAUGAUGGACCCUUGCGGAGGUUUGAUGAUCCAGAAAAUGCCCCUUUCGUAGAGAGUAUCCGGAAGUCUGAGUGCCCAAAAGAACUUGAGCCAGAAGAUAGGAGGACGUCUGUCCGAGUUAAUCUGACAAGGAGAGAGGAGGAUUGCCCUGUACCAGAGAAGCGCCGUGCGUUAUUUCAGGGUGUGGGAAGAACUUUAGGUAGCACUAGCAAUGCUGAACAAGUAGACUCAACCGCUACUAUCUCAUCAUUCACCGCAGCUCCAUCCCCAUCAGUGGGCCUAGUUGUUGAUCAGUCACAACCAUCAACCUCAAUUCAACUAAGGUUGGCAGAUGGUACACGAAUGGUUUCUCGGUUUAACUACCAACACACAAUCAGGGAUAUUCGAGGGUUUAUUGAUGCAUCAAGGCCUGGUGGAUCAAGGAAUUAUCAACUGCAGACAGUGGGCUUUCCUCCCAAACAACUCUCUGAUCUGGACCAGACGGUAGAGCAAGCUGGCCUAGCCAAUUCAGUUGUGAUUCAGAAACUUUAGCGGGUUACGACUUCUCUGUUAUAUCUGCUGCAGUUACACCCAGAACCAUGCUGAUUUCAAUGCUAUCUUUAAACUACACAUACAUUCCUAAUCACAAGUAGGGCUAGAUAAUGCUUUUCUUGGAGCCUACUGAUGGAAUUCUCUUUUGAAGUUGAGCAACAUUCAGAAAGUUCCUUCUACUUUCCAUUGUC